UUUUUUGUAUCGUAUUAUUCAUUAAAUAAAUGUAUAAGGACUUUUAUAAUUUGUUUUAAAAAAUGUGAAUUCUUAUUCUCGACUCUCGAUUUAUUAAUUUUCAAAAAUCGAACAUUGAUCAAAAAUGUAAAUUUUCAAUUUUUCAAUCAAAUGAAUUUUCUUCAUUUUAUAAUUAUGACUUCCUUUAUAACGUAAAAAAAAAUUAUCUAAACUUAAAUAAAAUUUUUAAAAAUUCUCGUAAUUCUUAAAUAUUUAAUUAUUUACUAAUGAGACUUCCGAAUUUGAUUUGCUUAACUAUAUAUGCAAAUUGGUGAAAAUUAUAAUAUAUACUUAGAGUUAUAUAUUUAUUUUCUUAUGUACCUUUAAAAUGUAUACUUUACAUGUUAUAUACUUGUCCGUUUACAUUGUUAUGAUUACACGAAAGGUAUUAUUGACGAACGGUUGCUCACAUCAAACAGUAAACACUGAAACGUUACAGUAAUAGCCGAUCGCAUCUGAAUAUGUGGAUGGACAAGACCGACAGGGUUUGCCGUUUCUGCAAGGACACGUUCUGCUGCACAAAAUGUCGCGAUCGUCACGUGGACAAGAUGCAUCCCGGCCUAAACGUCAAUUGUUGCCUGUGUGCUUCUGAGAUACUGCCAGUACGACAUGGCGAGUUUGAUAAAUUGGAUCUAAAGGACGAGGAGUUGUUGAAUCACAUAGUGGAAAAACAUUUGCCGUUACAAUGCCAACUGUGCGGUGACUUAUACGAAUCCAAAGAAGAUUUCAAGUCCUUCGGCAAGUGCAAGUGGUGGUCUCAAUAUUUUCUGUCGCCGAUAAACAUCGAAGAAAAACUAAAACAAUGUUUUAUGAGCGACUACAACGAGACUAGCACGCCGCCAGAGAUCUACCGGAAGACCAGCACACCGAUGCUCGUCGGCCAAAAGGCCACUUUCCAGACACCCUGUGUGCCAUAUUUCAGUCUGAAAACGCCUAAGACGAACUCGCCGUCGAUCAAUGCUCCAGGAUCACAGAACAGCGAUAUCUGCGGUGUCACCAAGUUCUUCAGCUUCUCCCGCAUCUCGAACGAGGAUACGCCGUUCAGAAUCGACAAGGACGAGCAGCUGUCCAAAAGUAAUUCCGGCAGGAAGCUGAACAUCAUGGAGAAACGAGAUGAAACUGCGAAUAACGAAACCGAAAGAAUAACUGUAAAUGAGAUGAUAGAUAUGAAUCUGACAGAACCUGAAGGCGGAAUUCUGGAAUCGCCCGCAUCGGAUGCCAUUUGCGAGAAGUCGGACAGAACGCCGGAUGUCGUGAAGAAAGUGAGAUUCUCCGAUCAGUAUGAAACCGUGCCGGAAUACAAAAGCUCGAUAAUGUCCUGCGCGGAAGUCUUGAACACAUCGACGGAGGAAGAGAAGUUUCACGACGCUCGCGAAAUCUCGAGUACACCAAAGGCGAAAAAUCUAGAAGACAAAAAUGAUAUAAAAGACACGAUAAAUAUUAUGCAAAACAUAGAGAAUACAAAAAAUAGCCAGGUGGAGGAUAAAAAGUGUUCCUUUGUAAAACUUUUGCAAAAUUCUCUAAUUGAUUCGCAAAAUGCGCAAAACGAUACGAAGGACACGGAGAAGGAAAAUCAAAAUCCUAAAAUAAGCGACGAAGACUCAUCGGCUAUGUCUCGGCAAGAUUCCAACAGGAUACUGAUAACGGUGUUGAUGGAAAACAAUUCGGGAGGAUCAUUGAGCACUGAUCUGAUACCUUUACUUGAUUCAGGUUUAAAGAAGCUACAGGAACAGCUUAAAUCAACGAAUCAAUCGUCUUCGGUUGAGUCUACCGAUGCUGUUAAUUUGCCCACCAAGUCUAUUACGAGGAUGGAGAUGAAUAUCUCGAGUGUCGAGAAUUAUUCGAAGGAUGUAACAACGGAUUGUCGACAGAUUGUACCGUCUUCUUCAUUAUCUAUGCAGAAAGACGUUAAAGAUAAUAAAAAUAGCAAUGGAUUCUUCGCUGCCGUUGCGCAAGCUAUGAAAUAUGCCCUGAAAAGUUUCUCCGGCUUGGGCAUUCCAGCAAGCAAGGUCACGACAACCGAAAUAAUUCAACAACGGAAAAUCGUCGAGGAAUCGACAUCGACAUCCCUGGAACCGGUCGUCAGCAACGUCGACAGUAUCCGGCUUCGUCCAAACAAACGAGCCCGCGAGUUCACCGAGGUAUCCUCCUCGCGAGUAGAUUCGAUCGCCGUGGAUGUCCGAAGUCCCCUGGCGAAACGUCAGAAGGGAUGGUACAAGAUGAUCAGAGCACGCCGGCCGAUCAGCCGGAUGCGAAACAGAUACGCGACAACAUCGUCUAGAGGAGUGCAGGUUUUCAGUCAAGGAUCCCUGACGGUGGGCGAUACCGUCCUCCCGCUUCCUGCGCGAGCGCAUCAGUCUACGCAAACCGAGUGAUCAUCUCUUUUAUUUUUAAAUAAAAGAUUAGAAUAUUAUUAUGUGUUCUGCGAGUAUAGUAGAUGAAUUAAGAGAAAUAAUUUAAUGAGAGAAUAUAUUUUUUAAAGCUAUAUACGUGGCGCGUUCAAAAAAAAUUGUUUUAAUAAUCGGGACAUUUAGUUUACUAAUUUAUUUUUUAUUAAAAUAAUUUAUUACAGAAUAUUCAAGAGGAAAUUUUUAUUUAAAAAUCGCGGUGAUGUGUUAAAAAUAUGUGCUGAUAUUAUAUAUUAAAUACGUUUAAAAAAAGGUGUGUUUGUGUCGCGAAUCAUAUAAAAAUAAAUUACUUUAA